AUGAUAAUUCAAUGGUCAUCAGUAUGUGAUGUACUACUAGUGGUGACCAUAUUGGCUCAAUUGUGUAUAUCUCCCUACACUAAAGUCGAGGAAAGCUUUACAAUCCAAGCAAUAAGAGAUAUUUUAAAAUACGGUGUAGCAGACAUUUCACGAUAUGAUCAUCUUCAGUUUCCUGGAGUAGUUCCAAGAAGUUUCGUUGGUCCGUUGAUAAUAGCGGGAAUGUCUGCCCCUGUUGUGAAAAUCCUGAAGAUGGGUAUUUACGUUGACCAACAAUUGGUCGUUCGUGGUGUCAUUGGACUUUUCAAUGCGCUGGGGCUCAUCUAUCUUAAACGUCAGGCGCAAAAACUAUUUGACGGUUACCUUCGAGAACGUCAAUACAAAAAAACUGAUAGGGAUGCCACUCAGCAUAGCCAGCAGGGCCAUGAUGCGAACAGUAAUGUCGGAAUUUUCUUCGCUGUUUUUUGCGUAAGUCAGUUCCAUCUGAUGUACUACUGCUCACGCCCGCUCCCGAAUUUUGUUAUAGUUUUACCGCUAACAAAUUUUGCCCUUGGUCUUGUCCUGAGUGGUAAAAGAUUCGGCCUAGCAGUAUCCAUUCUGGCAUUUGCCAGCGUUGUGUUCCGCCUUGAAUUGGGUGCCCUCACUUCUGGGCUUGCACUGUGCUUAUGGGUAUACAGAAUGAUGAAAUUCAGAGAUAUUAUUGAAAGUGGCUUGAUGGGAGCGCUAUUUGGAGCAACCGUCUCACUUUAUAUCGACUCUCAUUUCUGGCAGAAUUGGACACUUCCCGAGCUAGACGCCUUUCUUUUCAACGUUGUGGAGGGAGAGUCGGUAAACUGGGGAACCAUGCCAUUUCACGCGUAUCUGACAAGAUUCCUGCCCAUGAUAUUCUUUCCUCCUACUAUUCUGUUACUAAACGCUAUCGGAUAUCGCAAAGCACCUAAAGAAUUGAAAAUAAUUGCACAGGCAGCAUACUUCCAUAUUUUUGUGCUUUCCUUGCAACCCCACAAGGAAUGGAGAUUUAUCAUUUACACAAUUCCAGUGAUCACACUGGUAGCUAGCUGUGGGGCUUCCCCCGAUUUUAAGGGCAAAAAUCGUAACUUUUGGUUGACUUUGCUUAUCACACUUUCGCUUGUGUGCUCUCUGGUUGUUUCUCUCAUCUUUUUAACCAUCUCUUCCCUUAACUACCCAGGUGGUGUUGCACUGAAGCAAUUCAACAAUUAUGUGCUGGAAAAUGGAAUUCGCGAUUCAACUCUCCAUAUGGACAUCCCAACGUGUAUGACGGGGGCCACUUUGUUUGGUGAACUUGAUGAAACUCACAACAUCCGUUACGAUAAAACUGAAGGGAUUGAUGAAUUGAAAGAAGUAUGGUCAUCUUUUGAUUAUAUUAUAACUGCCGUACCACAGCCACAGCUUUCUAUAGUGCCUAGUACAGCAUCUUGGGAGCUACUUCACACAACGAAAGCAUUCUCUGGCGCAAAAGUGUCUGAAUUCAGACAAAUCUUGCGAUCGGAGUUCAACGAAGGCUACCCCUUGACGCGCCAUAUUCUCACCCGCCGCAGUAUUCGUGACUUCAUAACGGUGUUACAAGACAUCUUUACUGUGGAAACGCUGUACACAUAUAGAAGGGUGCAAUCGGCUUAA